CGCCCCGACUCUCCGAGCUGAGCCCCAUGGCCGCCGCCGCGCCCCCCGCCGCGCCCCGCGCUCUCCGGCUCCUCGGCGCCGCGCUGCUGCUCCUGCUCCUGGUCCCCGCCGGCCGGCGCGCCGCAGGGACGCCCGUCGUCACCGAGCUGCGCUGCCAGUGCCUGCAGACCUUGCAGGGCAUUCACCUCAAGAACAUCCAGAGUGUCAAGGUGACGCCGUCGGGACCCCACUGCGCCCAGACCGAAGUCAUAGCCACGCUCAAGAAUGGACAGGAAGUGUGUCUCAACCCCGAAGCCCCCCUGGUCAAGAAGAUCAUCGAUAAGAUGCUGAACAACUCCAACUGACCAGAGGAAGGUGGAAGCUGAUCCGUGGCGGUACCUGAAUUAGGCUUUGCCCUUACAGGAGUCAAAGAGGAAACAGUGAAAUCAUCAGCUUUGAUUGGGUCUCAUAUGUUUUGAGCAUCUCUUAGGAGAAGCCUCCUAUUUAUUUAUUUAUUUAUUGGUUGGUUGGUUUUCAAAGAUUCUACGCUAAUAUUUUACAUAUAAUGUAAUUAGGAUGUGACCGAAUCUAUUUGUGCACUGUGCUGUUAUUUUUAUGGUUUAUUUUAUGUUAAACCCAGCUUAGUUCAACCCCAAUUCUUAUUUACUCUGAAGGUAGAAGGUUUGCAAAUAUUCUCCAGUCAUUAAAUUAAUACUUCUGGGGAGCUCACAGCAUUACCAGCCGCUGUGACAGGGGCUGGGGGAUAUAAGGAGAGAGUGAGGUCAUUAUCAGGUGGGGGGGAUGCAUGUGUACAACUAUUUUUGUAAUUGUUUAAAAGAAUGGCUGUUACUAUUUAUUGAAAUGAUUUCACAGUAUGUGGUCAACAUUUCUCAUGUUGAAGCUUUAGGAACUAGUGUUCUAAAUACCCUUUGGACAUUUUGUGUCUUUCCUGUAAGGCAUAAUGCCUUGUUUAGUGUUUACUGUUCAAAAUUCAGUGUUUCUCUGUGUCUUAUAACAGAGAGGCUCACAUAUUUAUCGCUGUUUUUGAAAAGAACUUGAAAAUAAAGUAUUUCAAACU